GCUAGGAGCCUAGGACCGUUCUGUCCGUUAAAACUAACGGCGAUUAUGCGCGAAAAGAGUAAACGCGCUUGGACGUUAAGGCUAACGGCUAUUAUUGCUUAGCAAUUAUUGCGCUCAAGCCUCAAGCUCCUCAGCUCCCCUAGCUUCCACUUCAUAACCUCGCCGAACUAGGCCCCGGAAUCUCGAACCGGAAAAUGAACUCGAUUCGAGAAAAACAGGUGGUUCCCGGAAUUUAGAUCUGAGCUACUAGAAUUCGUUGCCAGAGGAAAGUGCAAUGAAGUGGAUGGGUGGCGCUGGGGGCCGGGGUAUAAUAAAAAUGGUGGAGUAGCGAGAAUUUUGGUGGAUGGAGAUGGGCAGCUUUAGGCCAGAGUUACAUGUAGCACAACAAAGCCGGCGUGAUAAGUUGAGAGUUGCGCACCAUUUACAAGAUUUGGAACAAAACCCAGAUCUUGUUCAUGUUCGGAACGUUAAUAACGCCCAUAACUUGCUUUACGACCCAUAUUCCUCGGAAAUAAUCAAUUUUUCGACCAAGUCAAAUCUUUUAUCAGCGCAACGAGAUAUAAUGGAUGCGGGGGAGGAUGCUGGUCCGUUUCCCAAUUGGUCGUCUAACAGCAACAACAUCAUCGUCAAUGCUUUGUCUAAAUCCCCCAUUGAACCGCAGAAUUAUGGUAAUUGGGUGGUGAGUUAUGCAAGUGGUAGUGCUGAAAGUAAUAAUAUUUUCGGGGAAGUAAGUAACAACAUAUCUUCUUCACCUGGGUACAAUAUUGGAUUUCAUCAAGAUCAUGUUCGCUCGUCUUGUUUGAAAGGUUUCACUGAAGCGCAGAAUAUGAGAGCAAGUGAUGAUGGCGGGAAUAAUAAUAAUAAUAAUAAUAAUCAUAAUCAUAAUAAACCUGCUCUACUUGCAGCAGCCUAUGGAAAUGAGUCGUCAGAUGUGUUAUGUUUUGACAAUGCUGGUGGUGCUUGGCCAAAUAGAGCAGUCGACAGCUGCCAUCAUCAGUGGAGUAGUGGUGAUUCUAAUCCGCAGGCUCUCUCUCUAUCACUUUCAUCAUCAAAUCCAGCUCUUAAACUGCCCGGAGCUCAUCAGUUUGGAGAGUCACAAGAUUUACACUCGACAAGUACAACAACAGUUAGUAAAUGCUGUGGAAAAUCUCUUCAAGACAUAGUGGGGAUUUCUACAAACAUUAACACUAGCUAUCGAAACACAGGUCCUCUUGGCCCUUUCACAGGAUAUGCGACCAUUUUAAAGGCUUCCAAGUUUUUGAAGCCUGCACAGCAGUUAUUGGAUGAAUUCUGUGGCAUGUCUGAGAGGGCGUCUGGAGAAGUUAGCACUUCAGGUGAUGCUUUAAAUGCUGCAGCAGCCGAAACUCAUGAGCUUGCUUCUGCUGCUGCUGCCUCCUCCUCCACAUAUUUUACUUGUAAUGAAAUGAGUUGUGAUGGCGGAGUUGCAAGUAGCUCUUCUGAAUCAAUUCGCCCCGAGUUCCAACAGAAGAAAGCAAAGCUCCUAUAUAUGCAGGAGGAGGUUUGCAGAAGGUAUAAGCAAUAUCAUCAGCAAAUGCAGAUGGUGGUUUCAUCGUUUGAAUCAGUGGCAGGUCUAAGUUGUGCGACCCCAUACAUCUCCUUGGCUCUGAAAUCGGUGUCUAGGCAUUUUAGGUGCCUAAAAAAUGCCAUCUCAGAGCAGCUGAAGCACAUAGGAAAAGCCUUGGGGGAGGAUUUGUCAUCGCCUACUACUGCUACGACUAGUACUAAUAAAGGUGAUGAUGCAAAUAUGGUGAUGAGGCUAAAGCACUUGGACCAAAGCAGCUUGCAAAGGCAAAGAUAUAAUGUGGGCUUCCUUGACACUACUCAACAACACGCGUGGAGGCCCCAGAGAGGCUUACCAGAACGUUCCGUGGCUAUUCUUAGAGCUUGGCUAUUUGAGCAUUUUCUUCACCCGUACCCCACGGACACAGAUAAGCACAUGUUAGCCACUCAAACGGGUCUAUCUCGAAACCAGGUGUCAAACUGGUUCAUAAAUGCCCGAGUGCGCGUGUGGAAGCCAAUGGUUGAAGAAAUACACACGCUCGAAACAAAAGCAGAAGCCAACAAGAAUAUUGAAGGUAGCAGCAGCAGCAGCAGCAUAAAUAAGCGAUUGGAAUGCGAGUGGAAGCAACAAGAGAAGCGUUCGAGAAUGGAUUGUGAAAUAGAAACAAGCAUGGAUGGGUCUGGGUCUGGGUCGGUGAUGGGUUUUUUGCCAUACCAGCCGACGAGUGGAGCUGCUGUGUCCCUUACCUUGGGCCUCAGGCAUGGUGCUGAAAAUGUUAAUGUACAGCACUUGCAGUUGCAGCAACAACAGUUACAGGAGGAUCAAUUUGGAGGGCGGAUGAUUCGUGAUUUUGUUGGGUGAUUUUUAUAUUAUAUAUUAUAUAUUAUUAUUAAGCUCAAGUGAAUGAUAUGGUGACACCCCCAUUCAUCUUUUAAUUAGUGCCUUCAAGCACCGCAUCUCAUAUUUGUAAUCUUUAAUGUCAUUCUAUUUGUAAUCUUUAAUUAACACGAGGAAUCCCCAUCCCUUUGGUGGCCGGUUGCUAUUCCGGGAAAGGGACACGCUGCCCUACCUUUUUCUCU